GCGCGUGUGUGAAUGAGUUUGAUAGCGCCUGCGAGAAUGAGAUUGGUAGUUUGCGAGAGAGAGUUUGAUAGCGCGUGUGUGAAUGAGUUUGAUAAAGUGCGAGAGAGAGUUUGAUAGCGCGUGUGAGAAUGAGUUUGGUAGUUUGUGAAAGAGAGUUUGAUGGUGUGUGUAAAAGCUUUGCUAGUGUGUGAGAGACGUUAUAGCAGUGUAUGAGAGUGUGUGUGAAUAAAGAUUGAUAUAUGUCUUAAAGGGCCUCUCAUACUUCUCAUUUGUGUUUCACAGGUAGCUGGAUCUAGAUCUCUGCACAAACAUUCAACAAUGCUCAAGAAAGAAGUCAAGUCAUACUGGAAUCUGUCAGUCAAAGUUUUAUAUGCCAAGCUUCAUCAGAACUAUGACUACUGGUCUGCAUCUGACUGCUAUGUCAUCCUGAACUUACCCACGGCAUCCGCCCGUACAAAUCGCACCAAGACUAUCUCAAAUAACAAUAACCCUGUAUGGAAUGAAACGUUUACCUUCAGGGCGCACAGCAACAUCAAGGUAAACCACUGAAUUACUGCUUUGAUUGUCU